AACCCGAACCACCUAAAGAGCCUGAACCAAAAGAACCCGAACCACCUAAAGAGCCUGAACCAAAAGAACCCGAACCACCUAAAGAGCCUGAACCAAAAGAACCCGAACCACCUAAAGAGCCUGAACCAAAAGAACCCGAACCACCUAAAGAGCCUGAACCAAAAGAACCCGAACCACCUAAAGAGCCUGAACCAAAAGAACCCGAACCACCUAAAGAGCCUGAACCAAAAGAACCCGAACCACCUAAAGAGCCUGAACCAAAAGAGCCAGAACCACCGAAAGAGCCUGAACCAGCACCACCGAAAGAACCUGAACCAGCACCACCUAAAGAGCCUGAAACACCAAAAGAGCCAGAACCUGAACCACCGAAAGAGCCUGAACCACCAAAAGAACCUGAACCUGAACAACCAAAAGUACCUGAACCCAAACUUCCAAAAAAACCCAAAUGUGAUAAACAUGCUAAAAAAGAAACUAAAAGACCACGUUCGAAAUAA